GCAAAAUCCGAGGAUUUUUUGGUAAAUUGGUUUUGCUAUAUAAGAUAGCAAUGCUCUUGAAAUCAGCCUCCUCCUCCUCCAGUCCUCUCCUUCCUCCUCCCAACAAAACCUCCGUUUGCCAAAACCGCAAAAAAAUCUCACUCACUGCCUUUUCCCUUCAGCUCUCUCCAUAAACAAUUCCAAUUCCACACAAGAAAACCAAACCAAAAAUCAACUAAAACCCUAGUUUUAUUUGCGUCGUAAUCGUUGCACCUAACCCUAGCACGAACAAACACUAGUUAGAGAUCGCACUAACCCUCUCUUGGUUUUUUUCCCAUUCGAAGGUACGCAAGAGCUUUCACCGAUCCAUCCAUUGAUUCGAUUCUUUUCGCCGUCGCCAAUCGUUGUAUUGCAUUACAAUAUCAGAAUCAAACUUUGGUAAGAUAAAUAUAACAAGUAUAGAUAGAUUUUAAAGGACGGUGUGAUUGAACCGAGGUUUAUCAGGUUUUAGGGUUUGUGGCUAGGGUUUAUCACAAUGGAUGAUCUUGAGAAAGCUAUACUUAUCAGUUUCGACGAAUCCGGAGCCAUUGACUCGGUUCUGAAAUCACAAGCUGUUGCUUAUAGUCAACAGAUUAAGGAGACCGCGUCAAUAUGUAGCAUAUGUAUCGAGCGUUUGCGUGUUUGUAACAUAGUUCAAGUCCAGUUUUGGUGCUUGCAAACCCUACACGAAGUGCUUCGCGUUCGGUAUUCGUCAAUGAGUCAUGAAGAGAAGUCUUUUGUGAGGAGCUCUGUGUUUUCCAUGGCUUGUUUCGAGGGUAUCAAUGAUAAGAACAACUCUGUUAGGGUUUUGGAGGGUCCUGCUUAUAUCAAGAACAAACUUGCUCAGGUUUUGGUUACUUUGAUUUAUUUUGAGUACCCGUUAAUUUGGCCGUUGGUGUUUGUUGAUUACGUACCCCACCUGAGCAAAGGUGCAGCGGUGAUUGAUAUGUUUUGUCGGGUUUUGAAUGCUUUGGAUGAUGAAUUGAUUAGUUUGGACUACCCCCGAAGUGCCGAAGAAAUGGCUGCUGCUUCGCGUGUUAAGGAUGCAAUGAGGCAGCAGUGUGUGUCUCAGAUUGUCAGAGCAUGGUAUGACAUUGUGUCAAUGUAUAGGAAUUCUGAUCCGGAUCUAUGCUCCGGUGUUUUAGAUUCUAUGAGGAGAUACAUUUCAUGGGUUGAUAUUGGAUUAGUAGUGAAUGAUGCAUUUCUCCCACUGUUAUUUGAGCUAAUUUUGGUCGAUGGUUUGCCCGAUCAACUCCGAAGUGCUGCCGUUGGAUGUGUCCUGGCUGUUGUUUCCAAGCGUAUGGAUCCAAAGCCCAAGAUUCGGCUCUUGCAGAGUCUUCAAAUAAAUAGGGUUUUUGGUUUAGUAGCCAAGGAUAGUGAUUCUGAGUUGGUUUCAAAAGUGGCAGCAUUGCUUACUGGGUAUGCCACUGAGGUCCUGGAUUGCUCCAAACGUUUGAAUUCCGAGGACGAUGUUGGCGUUCCAAUGGAGCUUUUAAAUGAGGUUUUGCCUUCUGUAUUCUACGUCAUGCAGAACUGUGAAAUUGACACGACUUUCAGUACAGUGCAGUUUCUUUCGGGUUAUGUGGCCACGAUGAAGAGUCUUUCUCCACUGAGGGAGCAGCAGCUGCUUCACGUGGGUCAAAUAUUGGAAGUUAUUCAUUCUCAGAUUCGGUAUGAUCCUAUUUAUCGUGACAAUCUUGAUAAGCUGGAUAAGAUUGGGAGAGAAGAGGAGGGUAGGAUGGUGGAGUUUAGGAAAGAUUUAUUUGUGCUGCUUCGUAGUGUAGGUCGUGUAGCACCAGAUGUUACUCAGAUUUUUAUCAGGAAUUCAUUAGAUAGUGCUGUUGCAUCUUCUGCUGAUAGGAACGUUGAGGAGGUAGAAGCUGCACUAUCCCUCUUUUAUGCAUAUGGAGAGUCGAUAAGUGAUGAAGCGAGGAGAACUGGAAGUGGUCAUCUGAGAGAGCUGGUGCCAUUGCUCUUGUCAACUAGGUUUCCUUGCCAUUCUAGUAGGCUAGUUGCACUUGUGUAUCUUGAUACAAUAACGAGAUAUAUAAAGUUCGUUCUAGAGCAUACUGAAUGUGUACCUAUGGUCCUGGCUGCCUUUCUCGAUGAAAGAGGAAUACGCCAUCCAAAUGUCAAUGUCAGUCGAAGGGCAAGUUAUCUUUUCAUGAGAGCUGUGAGGUUGCUCAAAGCAAAGCUUGUGCCUUUCGUAGAGACUAUCUUGCAGAGUCUGCAGGAUACAAUUGCUCAAUUUACUACAAUAGAGUGUACUUCAAAAGAGCUAUCUGCAUCUGAAGAUGGUAGUCACAUUUUUGAGGCAAUUGGCUUAUUAAUUGGGAUGGAAGAUGUACCACUGGAGAAGCAAACUGAAUACCUUUCUGCAUUGCUUACUCCUCUUUGUCAGCAGGUUGAAGCAUCACUUUUAAAUGCCAAAAUACAGAAUUCAGAAGAGUCCCCUGCAAAGAUUGCAACUAUUCAGCAAAUAAUCAUGGCCAUUAAUGCCCUCAGCAAGGGCUUCAGUGAGCGUCUUGUAACUGGUAGUCGACCUGCAAUUGGUCUCAUGUUUAAGCAGACAUUGGAUGUCCUACUCCAAAUUCUGGUUGUCUUUCCAAAGGUUGAGCCCUUGAGGUGUAAGGUCACAUCGUUUAUUCACCGCAUGGUGGACACCUUAGGAACAUCCGUCUUUCCUUAUCUCCCCAAGACAUUGGAGCAAUUGCUUGCGGAAAGUGAGCCAAAGAAGAUGGUGGCUUUCCUUGUGUUACUCAAUCAGCUAAUCUGCAAAUUCAACACUGCGCUCCAUGACAUAUUGGAGCAAUUAUAUCCUAAAAUUGCUAGUAGGAUAUUUAACAUCAUUCCGAGGAAUGGAUUUCCUUCUGGGCCUGGGAGCAAUACAGAGGAAAUUCGUGAAUUGCAAGAGCUUCAACAAACCUUGUACACUUUCCUUCAUGUGAUUACUACACAUGAUCUGUCCUCAGUUUUCCUCUCCCCCAAAAGUAGAGGCUACUUGGAUCCAAUGAUGCAGAUGCUAUUGUAUGCUGCUUGUAAUCACAAGGACAUGGUUGUAAGAAAGUCUUGUGUACAGAUAUUUGUUAGACUAAUUAAAGACUGGUGCAACAAGCCAUAUGGUGAAGAAAAGGUUCCUGGUUUCCAGAGCUUUGUAAUUGAGACCUUUGCAACAAAUUGUUGUUUGUACAGUGUGCUUGACAAGUCCUUUGAGUUCCGUGAUGCACAUACUCUUGUUCUGUUCGGAGAAAUAGUGUUGGCCCAAAAGGUCAUGUAUGAGAAGUUUGGAAAUGAUUUUCUGGUUCAUUUUGUGUCGAAAAGUUUCCCAGCUGCAUAUUGCUCCCAAGAUUUGGCAGCACAAUAUUGUCAAAAGUUGCAGGGUAAUGACAUGGAGGCACUAAAAUUGUUUUACCGGUCACUCGUUGAAACUUUGAGACACCAACAAAAUGGAAGCCAUGUUUUCAGAUAGCAUAACCACAAUAUGACAGUCUUGAGUAUUUAUGAUGUUGCUCAGUGCUUCGUGUCCUCGUACUCCAGCCAGUAGUGGCAAUCAAAAUUUUGUUCACCAGAGGGUCCUUUCAUUGUGUGUAUAUAACAUUCCUGUGGUCAUUCCGUGGAUAUCGAGGUAUAUAUUUCCGGAAGCGGUUUCUUUGACGUGAAAUGUUGGAAAUAUCUGUUAGGUUUUUGGGUGCCGAUUAAAUCAUUCAGCAUUAGUUUGUUGUGUAUAUCAUGUUUUGUAUUUUCCCUGUUUAUUUGUAUACUUGUGCUUCUCCUUCCUCUUCCUAAGUUCCCCAGUUUCACAUCUAAGUUAUUUUCCAUUUCAUUAGGUGUUUGACAGAUACAUGGCCUGUAACAUCAAAUGGAUGCUACGGGGUCUGGGUUUUUGGAACCAAGGGAAUGAAAGGGAAAAGAAAAAAAAAUGGAGAGAUAUUUUUGUUUUUAAUUUUUUUUUAUGGCUUUUGUUAAACCAGUUCUAGUAAGGGUUGAGUUUUGAAACUUGGAAGUUUUGAUGUUCUACAGGACCGUUCUUGCUUGAAAAAACAUUGUAAUUUAUUUACAUGCUGGUAAAUCAAAAUGGGAUUCUCAUUUA